CUGCUGCAGGCGGGCCUGGUGAAAUUGACAUUUACCCUGUUACACUGGCCAGAGGAGCCAUGGCUGCAGAGAACCCUGUGGAAAGUCUCCAGGAGGAAGCUACAUGUCCUAUCUGUCUGGAGUAUUUCACAGAACCUGUCACUCUGGAGUGUGGGCACAAUUUCUGCCGAGCCUGCAUCAGCCAGUGCUGGGAGGGAUCCACUACAGCUGUCUCCUGCCCUCAGUGCAGAGAAACUGUGCAGCAGAGAAACCUCAGGCCAAACAGGCAGCUGGCAAAUGUGGUAGAAAUAGUCAAACGGCUGAGUUUACGGGCAGCAAAAGGAGCAGGAGGGGAUGGAGUGUGUGACAGACACCAGGAGGCUCUGAAACUGUUCUGCGAAGAGGAUCAAACCCCGAUCUGUGUGGUGUGUGACAGAUCCCGGGCUCACGGCGCUCACACGGUGGUUCCCAUAGAGGAGGCUGCCCAGGAGUACAAGGAAAAAAUCCAGGCCCAUUUGAAGAUUCUGAGGGAAGAGAGAGAAAAGCUGCUGGGAUUUAAAGUGACUGGAGAGGGGAAAAGCCAGGAGUAUCUGAAACAAACACAAACUGAGAGGCAAAAGAUUGUGUCUGAAUUUCAGCAACUGCGGUGGUUCCUGGAGGAACAAGAGCGACUCCUGCUGUCCCAGCUGGAGAAGCUGGAUGAGGAGAUUGUGAGGAUACAAAAUGAAAAUGUCAGUAAACUCUCAGAGGAGAUUUCCCGUCUCAGUGAGCUGAUCAGUGAGAUGGAGGGGAAGUGUCAGAAGCCAGCGAGUGAAUUCCUGCAGAAUAUCAGAAGCACCUUGAGCAGGUGGGAGAAGGGGAAGUUCCAGCAGCCAGAGGAGAUUUCUCCUGAACUGGAAGAGCGAGUCAGUGGUUUCUCCCAGAAAACUAUUGCGCUAUUGGAGGCUCUGAGGAAGUUCAAAGACACUCUGCCGUCUGCACUGGAGAGAAAAACAGGGGAACUCCUAGGAGCACACAGACAGGCGAAUAUGACUCUGGAUCCAGACACAGCUCAACCCCAGCUCGUCCUGUCUCAGGAUCAGAAAAGUGUGAGAUGGGGACACACACGGCAGGAUCUGCCCAACAACCCUGAGAGAUUUGACCCUGAGCCCUGUGUGCUGGGCUGUGAGAGAUUCACCUCAGGGAGACAUUGCUGGGAGGUGGAGGUGGGGGAUGGAGGAUUCUGGGCUGUGGGGGUGGCCAGAGAGUCUGUGAGGAGGAAGGGAGGGAUCAGCCAUAACCCUGAGGGGGGGAUCUGGGCUGUGGAACGGGACUGGAGUCAGUUCCGGGUUCUUACUUCCCCUGUGACCCCCCUGCCCCUGAGCCGGGUCCCCAGCAGGAUCCGGAUUUGUCUGGACUGUGACCAGGGGCAGGUGACAUUUAUCGAUGCUGAUGAUGAGGCCCCGAUCUUCACUUUCCCACCAGGCUCCGUCCCUGGGGAGAGAAUCCGCCCUUGGCUCUGGGUGGGGGGGGGAUCCCAGCUCAGACUGUGUCCCUGAGACCCGGGGGAGAAUAUUCCACUGGGGACCCUGAGAUCAGCCUCUCUAGCCUCACACACCCUAGUCUCUGUGAUCAUUGCCUAUGGAUUUUCUAUCAUGCCGUCUCCAUGACCCUGGAGGUUGCUUCUGGUCUCAACUCUGCACCGUCUGGACUGUCAAACCAUAGAGAGCGUUGAGUGAGCGAGGUAGAGUAGCCGAUCUCAUCACUGUCCCCGGCAUUGUGCAGCCUGUUUGCCACUGUCCUCUAUGAGCCAGGAGGACUCUGGGAAUCCUGGGUCAGACAGUGCCACUGAGACAUUGGGGGAGGGAAGAGCCCACUGGAAAUGAAACAAUGGGCUUCUCUAGCCACAGUCAUCCUAGCCCCUAUGGCCUGGAGGACUCCUGUCUACUCAACCCUCUGGUCUCUUAGCUCUAUGAUCCCUGGAAGCUCCUCCCCACUACCUCUGUGCAGAAUCAGGGAUGGGAGGGGAAGGGGUGAAGAACCCCUGGAGCUGCAGAAGGAGCAGAGGGGCCCUGAGGGGCAGAUGUGGGGGCUGCAGGGUCAGAACUGAAGGAGGGGCUGGGGGCAGAAGUGAUGUGGGGUAGAAUUAACAGCCGAGCUGGGGACAGGCAGAUGUGGGGGUGGCAGGGACACAGAAUUAAUUGGGGUUUUGGGGAGAAGCUGGAGGCCCCGCACCAGCAGGGAUACUAGCAGAGGGAGAGCCAGGGACUGAGGAAUGUGAUUCAUCCCAAUAUCCAGUAGAAAUGAAUGGCUAGCAUAGUCACGUCCUACAUUGCCAGACAGGCAGUAGUUAGGGCAACAAAGAAUUCUUCCCUUGGCCUAUCUGCGUCUACAUUAGGGUUAGAUUGACCUAACUACAUCACACAGGGUGUGACAUUUUUCACAGCUCUGAGCAAUGUAGCUAGGCUGACCUAAGGUUUAGGGGUGGACUAGGCCUCAGGAUGAACAAGGGUAUGUCUACACUACAGUGGCUAGAGCGGCACAGCUACAACGCUACAGCUAUGUCCCUGAAGUGCCGUAGUGUAGAUGCUUCCUACAUUGAUAGAAGUGGUUUUCCAUCACUCUAGUUAAUCUCCCUUUCUGAGAGGCUUUAGCCAGGUCACCAGAGGAAUUCCAUUGUCAGCAUUGGGGGUUAGGUCGAUCUAGCUGUGGCACUCAGAUCACACCGUGUUUCCCAGCCCUGAGUGACCAGGUUGAUCUAAGUGUUAAGUGCAGAGCAGGCCUAAGAGGGGUUUCUCUGGAGCUGGCUGAAAACACAGGGGCUGAGGGAUUGGCUGGCAGCUUGGUGUGCGUGAGGCAGAAAGUCAAGAGAAGCAGUCGUGAGUGUGAUCCCGGGAGGAAACGGAGAGACAGAGCUGGCUUCAGGCACAGGGUUCCUCAGAAUGCAGACGUGGAGUUCUGAGUAAGGAAACUGCCGGCUGCUGUUUGUUUGUACCGGGCACAGGAAUGUGUUUGUUUGUAAAUAAUAAAGAUUGCACCAAAGAAAUACCUGACUCCUAU